GAUUUGACGACCGUCCUGGGUCACGACACCGUCGUCCCAUCAGCCUAUAUAAGCAGCAGAAAGUUUUCCAAACAUAAAGUCGGCCUCUGACCAGCAACAGACGAGAUAAGCACCGUUUUCCUUCUGCCUAAAGAGUCCCAAGACGGUUCCAGACAUGGAGAGGUCAGUCAGGUUUGCGGUGGUGUGCGUCGGAGUGUCUCUGCUCAUCUCCUGCCAUCCAGUGGAAGCCUGGUACAAGCAGUCCACCGGGCCCAGCUACUACUCGGUGGGUCGAGCCUCCGGUUUGCUGUCCGGGAUCAGGAGGUCGCCUUACGUCCGGAGGUCCGAGUCCGAAGAGACGCUGAUGGAAAGCGGGGAGACGGCGGGCAACAACCUGACUCCAGAGACGAACAGGCAGAUCUCCAUCCUCAAAAGCAUGGCCAUCUGUGUGAAGGACAUCUCCCCAAACCUGAAGAGCUGCGAGCUGCUGCGGGACGGGACGGGCACAUUCCAGUGCAAGGCGGACGUCUUCCUCACCCUGGACUCCCUGGACUGCCUGUCCGCUUGAGUCCCGGGAGACAGUCCUGGUCCUCCACCGAGCACCGGGAGCGCUUCUCUGGACACGAGGAAUGAAGGAAGGGAAGGGGGGGAUGGAUGAGUGUGAGGGGAAACCUGAUCACUGUCGACGAUGGACCGCUGCAGACUCUGAAUGUUCUCUUAUUAAAAAUAGAAAAACUCAAACAUUGUUUAGUUUUAUUUGGUUGUGUAGACAGGAAAGAAAAAAAAAAAGUGCGAGAGAUGUUGGUUGAAACCAUCUUCUUUCCAGAUGACUUCCAAUCUUUACUGUUUAACGACUGAAAUGUAGCCUCCAUUGACGAAAUGUAUUAAAUGUCCAGAAAGUUGACUGCAGAGCAGAUUU